GAAUUUGAAAAUGUGGUUCAGUGAAAAUAAUUCCAAUGUGACAACUAAUGAACCAAAUGUGCAGUUUUUUAAACCAAAAUCAACCUUUCAUCCUGUUAAUAACAAUGCUAGUUUAAUAGCCUUUAAAAGGAAAACUAAUUAUGACAUCGAAAAGUUAAUAUCAGAUGAAACUCAACGAGGGACAUACCAUCAUAACCUCACCAGAGAGGAACGUAAAGCCAUUAAAGAGCUCAAUGAUAACAAAACGAUCAUUAUAAAACCAGCAGACAAAGGGGGAGCAGUUGUAGUGUGGGACAGAAAUGAAUAUAUUAGGGAGGCACAACGCCAAUUAAAUGAUCCUAAAAAUUAUAAAAAAUUGAGUAUAAAUCCAACCUUACAAUUUAUGGAAGAAUUUUAUCAAAUACUAGAGAAUGCUACAAAAACAGGUGUCAUUAAUGACACC